AUGUCCGGUGGAUACUCUGGUGCUGGUAGGUUGGUGGGAUGGGGGUGUAAAUAGGGGUCGCAAAAAAAUUCUUUUUUCUUUUUUUUUUUUUUUUGUGUAGCUAGGAACCCUUAAAUUUGAUGGUACUAUUUGUGCGUACAUUUUUUGUCACGGUGCACAGUGCAUAUCAUCGCCUUUUCGCAUGGUCUUUUAUAGCGGGCUGGGCAGCCACCAAGCAUUUUUCCACUGAAAUUUGAGCGCUUUGGAGACUGUUUUUGAUCUAACGUUUUUAAUUUUUGAAAAUUUUUGAAAAAUUUUUUUGUGAUAUUUUUGCAUAACGCGGUCUAAAAUUUCCCGGAAAAUGUUGGAAAAUUGUCUUUUUUUGAUUUUUGCACGAAUUGAAACAAAAUUUUGCCUUUGGAAAGGAAGAUUAUGAAUUAUGGAUACUUGAAGUAUCCAUAAUUCUCUUAUUUCUGCAUAACGCGGUCUAAAAAUUACUUAAAAUCUCAAUAAAACGGUCUAAAGUUUCCGGGAAACCUUUUGCUGUUUUUCGCACAGUGCAAAGUGCGAUAUUUUUUGGGUGCACUGUGCAAUUGGUCAAAUGCACAGUGCAAAAUGGAUUUUUGCGCUUUGCACAGUGCGGAAACGUCUAAGCACUUGGUAGUCAAUUUUGCGUAGCAUUUGAUAGUUUUCUUGUCAAAAUUCAGGAAAUUUUAAAUUUUUUAGUCAUUCCAUAAAGUGCGUAGACUUUUUGUCGCGAAUUUGCAACACUGUGCAUGUAACCUUGUGCAUGGACAAUUAAACGGUGCAAAAAGAAGGAAAAUGCACAGUGCGCAGCGAAAAAAAGUCCACGCACUUUAUGAAAUGGCUAUUAGGCGUUUUUACCAUUCAUCUUCCCAUUUUUUUCUUUUUUUCCAAUUUUUUUUCAUUUUUUAUUCAUAUUUUCUAUACAUGCCCGAAAUUUUCAGGCAUUGUCCCCCAAUCCGGCGCACUGUACGGCUCGGGCUACGGUGAGCGUGUUUUGGCGCCGCCAGAGGUGCAGAAGCAAUAUCAGGGCAAGCCCGCCUUCUUCGACUCGGAGCACGGCGUCUUCUUCGACGGCCAAUUCGCCUACAUCUACCAGGCCGGCGAAGCGGGCUACCGCGGCGAGUUCUCGCUGGAGGGCGAGGUGCAGACCGGCAUCGAGCGAAGCAUCGUCCUCGGCAACGGCACCGAAGGCAACCUGGCCGAGCAUGCCGGCGCUCUCUCUUCGGCCUAUCUUUUGGACAAGCCCAUCGCCGUCUACGAACAAUAA